GUAUAUAGUAUUCAACACAAUUUGACCUGUUCUCAUUUGAUUAAAAAAAAAAGCUGCUACCUGAACGGAGUUACGCAUAUGCGAACACGUGCGCUAUUGAUGGCCAAAUCCUGAGAGGCCGCUGGCCAACCUACCUGCUAGUGUUUAAAUUGGGGGCGCCAGGGCAGAGAUUGGAUCAUUUGGCCAGAGACACGCAACGGAAGCACAUCAUGUGGCAGACAGACGCAGACGCAGACACAAACAUAUCAGACUGUGCAGAAAGGAUUAUGGAGUCCAUUGGCUAUGCGCUCUAUAUGCAUAGGCAGGAGCUGGGGCGCCCGAGGCGCUGCCGUCGCCUGAUGCGCAUCGCCAGCACCAAGCUGCGGCUGACAAAUGAGCUGAUCUGGCUGGAACGCUGCCAGUGGCAGCUGGAGGAGCCCGACUAUCAGCAGUGGAGUGCACUAAAUCGUGAGCGCGAAUAUCGAGAUAUAUUGGAGCACAACAUGCAACAGCAGCAGCUGAAGCAGCAGCAGCAGUUCAGGCAGCGACAGCUCGACAGGCGCCGGCACGAGACGUGCCAGAACACGGCGCGCCCCGUUUAAGAUAGAUUAGUUGGUCCCGUCCGGGACUUUAA